CUUCCCUCAUCUCUGACGGUCGGCGCAUCAUCCGACAGGCAAAGUGACAUUGGGAUUCCCGGUUAUCCCAAUGUGUGUGCGUGUAUUAAUAUUUAACAAGGGAAACUUUUCGAAAUGUAAUAUUCUCUAUUUAGCAAGCGUUUUCGGCAUAAAACCAAUAUGCAAAUAUGAUCUUGCGAAAAUGUGUCUAGCUGUAUUGAAGAUUAUUAAAAUGGUAACAAAGGCAUGGUGGUCGAUUUCACACACAGCGAAAGUCCUUCUUUCUACGUGUUCUCGCUCGACGGCGGUAUAAAGGUUGUUGAUAAGUUUUGACCUAGGCCGUAAUGGGAAAUCCCCGCAUCGUUAAUAUUUGCAUGUACACUAGAACCUGUCAAACAUACAGACAUUCAUGUUCAGCCAAUGUUAGGUUGUAGUCGUCUAACUGAUAAUGUGCUAUCGCCUUCAAAGGAGCGCUGUUUACGUUCGUACUGAAGGCUGGAUGAGGCCGCCUGGAAAAAAAAAACCAUUUCGUAAACCGAUUAACAUUGAUUGUGUGAGUGAAUUUGUGCAUAGAGAACAGGAAAAUGGUGAACUGAAUUAUUCACAUACUGCACUUCAGUUCGAAUCGGUUAAAUUUGCUUUUUGAUGGAUUUUUCUCAAAGAAUUAGAGUCGUGAUCGGGCGAUGGUUAGUGUUUCUGGUGAUCCAGACAAUCCUCGCAUGUUGGUCAGUGGCAGGAAACACCACUGUCAACUACACAAACUGCACGAUCGGUAAAACGGAUCGAGGUUUCUGCGUUAAGCGCGAACUGUGCGAAAAUGAGGUGAUUGAUACCACUGGAGGUGAUAUAAUCGGGCCGAGAUUUAACGGUGGGUGUGACAAGUUCGACGAGGUUUGUUGCCGUGCUCCGGAAAGCGAGUCUGAUAGUAGUGAGGAUACUAUCACUCCGACAAUGUCAUCGGAAGAACCGAACGUACAAUAUGAUCCGAACUGGAGUCGUCAGUGUGGUCAGCGAACCAAUGUUUCAGAAAGAACCGAUUCGGAAAAUGAAACGAAUCGGUUCGAGUUCCCAUGGAAUGUGGCCAUAUUUAGCGUGACGCAAACAGGGCCAAGGCUUACCAAAAAGUUCAUAGGCGGGGGAAUUUUAAUUGACGAGUACUUUGUGAUAACUGCGGCCCGAUUCGUUCAACAGGAGAAACGAGACAACCUUAGGGUCGAACUGGGCAAGUGGGAUUUGGAUGUUACAAAAGAAUCUCAAACACAGGAAUUAUCCGUCGAUGAGGUGUUUGUUCACCAAAACUUUGUGGCAUCCAGUUUGGUCAACAACAUAGCUCUGCUGUAUCUAAAAACCGGAGCACAACUAGGACGAUCAGCAAAUCGCGUGUGCCUUGCGGAGGGUAGCCAAAAAUUGUAUGCUGAUUCACUGUGCCACGUGGUAGGGUGGAGGCUCCUCGAGUAUCCUGACAUCAAUCGCCAACUUAAGCUUCGGUCGUCGUUUCUCAGUGAGCCGGAAUGUUCGAGUUCUAUUCAGCGUGCAACCACGUCCAUGAAAUAUAAGAUGGUAAAGGAAAACAUCUGCGUAACUUACCUGGACGCUGCUACACCCUGUGAGAGAGCACCGGGAACCGGAUUGUUCUGUGAGUCUACCACCACCGAAGGACAAUACUUUUUGGUGGGCAUUGCAUCGUUCUCGGUGCGCAACUGUAAUCAAUUCCGGGUACCUGAUGUGUUUUUGAACAUACCUGACUACGUAGCGUGGGUCGACGGCCAUGUGGUGAACAAACAACGGGAAAAAAGUUUCUAUCGACCCGAACCGACCAGUUUCGAUGAAACGUAGAACAGGUGAAAGUGGAAAGUGAGUUAAAUAAAAUGCAAGGAAAUAGUUGCACAAUUUUCCCAUAUCA